AUGGUUGGCUAUGACACUUCGGCUACAACUCUGUCAGCAGUCUUUUACCACGUGCUGCGGGACCCAGACCACUACAAGCGGGUUCAGAAAGAAGUCCGAGAAGCAUAUUCCUCAGUCUCUGAAAUCACGGCUCAGAGCGUGCUCCGGCUCCCGUACCUGAAUCCUUGCAUCCAGGAAACUUUACGCCUGACGCCACCCAUCAAUGGCCGCGGCUCCCAUCGCAUCUCACCUGGGGCCAUGAUUGAUGGGCUGUACGUGCCCAAGGGCGUCAAUGUUUCUGCUGAUAUUUGGACUAUUCACCGGAAGCCUGAGUAUUGGGCUCUUGCUGACAAGUUCAGACCUGAUCGCUGGCUUGACAACGGUCCGGGCACCGUCUUUGAGCACGAUGUCCGGACCAGCUACCGGCCAUUCCUCGUCGGACCUCGGGUGUGCAUUGGUCGCGAAAUGGCUUUGCAGUCCAUUCGUCUGACUGUAGCCAAAGUAGCAUUUUCGUUUGAUCUAGAAAUGGCUAACAAGGAUACGUUCGUGUGGGAGAGGGAUGCAGGCAAUGAUUAUGUGUGGCAUGACUACCAUGUCUUGGUGAAGAGAAGAGCACACUAA